AUGAGAUCUUCCAUUACGAUACCCCGCGCUGCUGGGGUUGGCGUUACACGCCCUGCCCUCUCUCAACUCCUGGUCUCACGCACCUCUCACAGUCGAAGCAUCUUGGGCUGUGCCCGUAGCUACCAUGGAAACAAAGACAAAAGUCAGCGAAUUUCCCGCCGUAUCGACAAGUACCAUCGUCAUCCCGAAACCAACUGUUGCCGUAAAGCAGAAGCUCGCGAAGACUGGCCUGCUACGAGCCACCGCGUCGCCAGUUGGACGCUUGGCAGCUGGCGUCGCUCGCGUUCCAGCUUUUCUGAACUCUCAUCUGGCCGAGAGAAAAGCUUUUGGGACGCUGAGAAUGAGCAGAUGGCUCAGCGAAUGAUGUCGAUGAAAAAGCUCGUCUCCGAUGAUCCUUACGACGCACUUUUCGGACGUAGACUGGGUGCCUCCUACAUGGAGCAGAACAAUGCUCGCUGGCCGAGCUUUCUGUGGUCAUUCGUCAACGAGAAGCCCGCACAUACUGAGUCCUCCAAAGCACAUCUCCAAGAUUUUAACUUUACUCGUUCCCCCUCAUCCAGCUCUCUUGGAAACCCGGAUGGCCUUGAAUAUGACCCUAUUAGUGGCCGUAUGGUGCCGGCACCUCCCGUGGAAUCCAAAAUUAAAGGUACCAAGGCCUCUGUGGAUUGCCCUCCCGGCAGUGAAGUUGAGGCAAAAUUCGCUUCAAUCCCUGCUGUUCCCGAGGACAGCAAGUUCCGGAAGACCUCGGCCAUUGCCCACUCCCCGUCUGUCGACUGCCCACCUGGCACUGAGCUGAAUGCUCUCUACAAGACCGACCCAGCCGCUCUUAAGGACACCAAACUUAUUGGCGUGAAGCAUGGGGAAGAGUCCAGUCAAAAGCCCCACAUCAAUAUCUCAUGUGCUCCGGGCAAUGAGUUGGAAGCGCUUUUCAUCUCUGAGUCGAUGCAUACAGAGCAACCACAUGCGGAGACCUUCAAGGUCAAGAAUAGUGCCAAGCAUUAUAGGCACGAUUCAGCUUUAAAAACUACUGGGAAUGUCGAAUGUGCUCCCGGCAGCGAGCUCGAAGCCAUGUUUUCCUCCAAUACUGCCGCUCGCGAAGACAGAAGCCUUCCCUUAAAUGCAUUCAACCCACAGUCAAGCGAAACGAACACCGCUGUAUCUGUCGACUGCCCGCCUGGAGGUGAACUGGAAGCGAAAUUCGUUACUCAUCUCAGCCUGGGCGAGCACUACACGGCUCCCACCGAUGUCCCAAACAUCGAUUGUGCCCCUGGACAUGAGGUUGAGGCGAAGAUGGUUGCUGAUUCUAGCAUCCGACCUCCCGAAGUCCCCAAGCACCCUGCUGCAAGUGUUGAUCGCGCCGAAAGUAUCGACUGUACACCCGGUAACGAGCUGGAAGCACUAUUUACCAUAAAUUCCGCAACUGCCGAGACGACGACGCGACCAAGUACACUUACCGAUUCAAGCAGCAUCCAGAAGGCACAUCUCACCAUGGACUGUGCUCCAGGAAACGAGUUAGAGGCAAUGUUUGCUUCCGAAGCCGCCGCCACCGGAGUAUACAGCGAAACCGAGGGUGUGAGCCCACUGCAAGCGAUCGACAUUCCAACCAGUCGCAUCUCAGACCUCGAAUACGACGGUGUCGAAGAUCGGGUCGGCGAUUUCCUCGCAUCAAACUCCAAGGCUGCGAGCAAUGGAUCAGCCCCCUUCCGCAUCCUAGCCUACGAUGCCGCCGCCUCGAAGGUUGCCAGCUCCGAGGCAGACUCAUUCUUUGGUGCCAAUGAACCCGUAGCACCGCACGAAGUUCUCACCCGCCUCCACAACCCCGCCAAAUUUGUCCCUUAUUUUGAACAAAUGCAGCAAGAUGGAUAUGAGAUAGCCACAGGUGGUGGCGACAUCAUCGUCUUCAGGAAAUACUCCAACGGCCCGGUCAACCCAAUCAUGUCCCCCGAAGUCGCUGCGCGACAGGAGGCUAUCCAUGCCGACAUUGCGAGCUCCAUCCGCCAUGAUUCCUACGAUUCAUCAAAUCCUUCCUCUCGCCCUUCCACCUCUAAGCUUUCUGCGAGCUCAAAGCCGAACGCCAGUCAGCACACGCGUGCGGAAGAAUCGCAGGGAUCCGGAUCCUCCUCACACACGAAACCAAAGACCCAGUCCGCAUUUUCUAAAGCGAUCCGGCGAAUUCUUAUCACCGGUACCGCCGUCGGCGCAACGUGCUAUGCCGUUGGUGUAGUGACUGAGUACUUCCGCACAGGUGGGAAAGAUGGAUAUGGCAUCGACGCAUUCACAGCAUUCGAGUCCGAUAGGCGUCAUCGGUGA